AUGGCCGAAGCCGCUCGCCUUAUUGGCAUGCUCAGAGCCUCUGCAGCCCACAACGCUAACAUUGAGAAGCCUCUCCAACCUGACUUCUCGACCCACAAGACCAAGCUAGACUCCAAGGUUGGCUUGCAACACAUUCUCGAUCUUCUCAUAUCCUCCACUUCCGGGCACAUUGCAGCUGCUCAGCCUCGCACUCGACCUACCGAAACCACCAGUGACAUCAAGAACGACCUCGCCAUCGCCAACUGCAAACGGAUCUUUGCAGCUCGCUCAGACGUCAACAAGCUCCAGACUAUCGCUCUCAACUUCCGUACUUCACCUCCCCUUCCCACAAUGGCCGGCCGCUUCCCGGUGCUCAGCACCUCUGACUUGCCUCCGGCAUCAGCUUCAGAGCAGUCCGCCACAGCAUCACCAGCACGUGGAUCUGCUAUGCUGAACUCGAUCUUCAAGUCCGUCCGGGUGCCCGAAUUCCGCUUCCGAUGGAUGUUCUGGGCAGAGAAGGGACAGCAAAGCGGUCCCAAGGACAAGACAGUACAAUCAGAAGAGUACGCAUCGCGGCCGAAGCCGCUCGGCGAGCAGAUCAUCAGCAUCAAGGAGUUCUACCAACACUUCAACAACAUUCCAGUUGAGAGCCUGAAGCUGCGAGACUCAAUUCACCUCUUCCACAUGGGCAUCAAGCCAGUGUGGGAAGACCCGCGAAAUGCACGGGGUGGUGCAUGGUACUUCAAGGUCAGCAAGGACGUUGCGCCGCAGUUCUGGCACGAGCUCUGCUUGCUUGCAGUUGGCGACGUGUUGCAGGGUGCUGUUGAGACAAAGCGUACCUCAUUCAACGAUGACAUCUGUGGUCUCUCGUACUCUGUCCGCUGGAACGCGGUGCAGAUUGCUGUUUGGAACCGUGACGCAGAGAAUGAGGCGGGACGCGAGAAACUGCUCAAGGUCAUCCUCGAGAAGCUGUCGCCCGAGCUCCAGCCGAAGAAUGAGGAUAGCUACUGGUACAAGGCGCACAACGAGCACAAGGGCUUCAUUGAUCAGGAGACCAAGGCGUAA